CUAGAGUGUAACAGAAACCAUAGACCCAUCUCUCUCUACUUUACCAUCAAAUUUUACUGUUCUCUGAGUUUGAACCAGCAGUGGCUUCCCCUUUUGUUUCCUUCUUCUUUUCUAGAUCCCUCUCCCUCUCAAAGCGAGUCCGUGAUUGAUAAGACGGAUUUUCCCUCGUUGUGGCUUAGACAGAUUCAGCUUCAUCUCCUCCACAAAAAGAAACCCCGUUUCACUCGAAAUCGCUGGCUUAUUUAUUCCAGGGGAAAGCAGGAGACUAAAAGAGAAUGACAGAGUAAGGAGAAAAGAAAAGAAACACCGAGAGACCCAGUUGUUGUUUCAUCCCUUGGUCACCAAAAAUGGGGAGAUUCAAAACCAGACAAUUUCCCCUGGUCUCAACUCUUCCGAGACUCCUCAUACUCCUCCUCCUCACCCUUUCCUAUGCCUCUCACCCCACGUUUUCUGCUCCUUCUAUCCAACAACCCAUCAAGACCAUUGUAGUCCUUGUCCUGGAGAAUCGGUCUUUCGAUCACAUGCUCGGAUGGAUGAAGAAAUAUGUCAAUCCAUCCAUCAAUGGAGUCACAGGCAACGAAUGCAACCCAGUCUCAACCAAAUCCCCCCAGUCCCAUUCGAUCUGCUUCACUGACGAUGCCCAAUUUGUCGACCCAGAUCCCGGCCACUCCUUUCAGGACGUCCAGGAGCAGGUGUUCGGAUCCAGCCUCAUUCCUUCCAUGUCAGGAUUUGUCCAACAGGCGAUGGCAAUGCUCUCCAACCUCUCAGGCACUGUCAUGAAAGGCUUCAAACCCGAAUCUGUACCCGUUUACGCCUCCCUGGUGCGGGAAUUCGCCGUGUUUGAUCGAUGGUUCUCUUCAAUUCCUGGGCCGACACAACCAAAUAGGCUCUUCGUCUACUCUGCGACUUCUCAUGGCUCGACGAGCCAUGUUCCGAAGCAGCUAGCAAGAGGGUACCCACAGAAAACCAUCUUCGAUUCUCUCCAUGAGAAUGGAUUGGACUUCGGCAUUUACUUCCAGAACAUUCCUACCACUCUCUUCUACAGGAAUCUGAGAAAAUUGAAAUACAUAUUCAAGUUCCAUCAGUUCGAUUUCAAGUUCAAGAAACAUGCCAGAGAAGGCAAAUUGCCAAACUUAACGGUGAUCGAGCCAAGAUAUUUCGAUCUCAAAGGGUUACCCGCCAACGACGACCACCCUUCUCACGAUGUCGCAAGUGGGCAGAAGCUAGUGAAGGAGGUUUACGAGACAUUGAGAUCAAGUCCUCAAUGGAACGAGACGCUUCUGGUUAUUACCUACGAUGAGCACGGUGGGUUCUUUGACCACGUUAAGACUCCCUAUGUGAAUGUGCCCAACCCAGAUGGCAACACUGGCCCUGCUCCUUACUUCUUCAAGUUUGAUCGCUUGGGAGUUCGAGUGCCGACAAUCAUGGUCUCUCCAUGGAUCAAGAAAGGGACUGUAAUCAGUGCCCCAAAUGGACCUACUCCAGACUCGGAGUUCGAGCACUCUUCAAUACCCGCAACAAUCAAGAAGAUAUUCAACCUUAACUCCAAUUUCUUGACGCACAGAGAUGCUUGGGCCGGGACGUUUGAGCAUGUCCUGGGAGGAUUAACGUCCCCUAGAACUGAUUGCCCAGAGGUACUGCCGGAAGUGGCCCCUUUAAGAAAGACAGAAGCGAAAGAAGAUGGAAAGCUGUCAGAGUUUCAGAGCGAGAUAGUCCAAUUAGCUGCAGUUCUGAACGGUGACCACUUAUUGAGCAGCUUCCCUGAGGGGAUGACUAACAAAAUGAGUGUGAAAGAGGCUCAUGAUUAUGUGAAGGGCGCUGUAUUAAGAUUCAUAAGAGCGAGCAAAGAAGCCAUCAAGUUGGGUGCAGAUGAAUCUGCAAUUGUAGACAUGAGGUCGUCUCUCACCACUAGAACCACACUCCGCCAUUAAAUCAAUUAUCAAUUCAAGGGUGUGCGUGCGUGCGUGUGUCCCCUACUCCCCUCUUGUUCUAAUUAAAACCCAAAUAAAUAAUUUGGGUCUUCAUAAUACUAAUACCAUAGCAUAGCAUAGGAAUACUGUCAGUCGAUAUAUCAUAUAUAUAUAUAUAUGUAUUCAAAAUCAAAUUCAAUAGAGAGGCAGAGGCUUGCAUUUGCAUUUUGUUCU